AUGACCGUGUUGCAAGCUAUUUCUGAGGCGUUGGUGUCCCCAGCUUUCCCCUGGAAGUCCGUCGUUAUUGGCGUCACAGUGGCACAGUUUGCGUUUGAGACGUACCUGUCAUUUAGACAGUACAGAGUGCUUGCGCGGAAGCAAUUGCCAGAUGUGCUUGUCGACGAGAUCGACAAGGAGACGUUUGAAAAAUCGCAAGAGUACUCUAAGGCGAAGAUCAAGUUUUCCGUUGUAUCGGAUGUAUUUUCACUGUUGCAGAACUACGCGCUCGUCAAGUUCAACAUGCUGCCCAGAUUAUGGCAUGCCGGGCAGGCAGUCGCCCGUAAGUUGCUCCCAGCAAAGUACAUGGCCGUGUCGCCCGUCGCGCAAAGUCUGUGGUUUCUUUUCGCCCUGUCUAACUUGUCCACUUUGCUAGGGUUGCCCGUCUCGUACUACAGUCACUUCGUCCUAGAGGAAAAAUUCAACUUCAACAAGCUGACGAUCAAACUGUGGGUCAUGGAUAUGGUCAAGGGGAACCUGCUAGGGUACGCGCUGGGCGGGCCCAUCCUGUACGUGUUCUUGAAGAUCUUCGACCAUUUUGAAACAGAUUUCCUAUGGUACAUUUGCCUGUUUUUCCUUGUAAUGCAAGUUCUCGCAAUGACUCUCGUCCCGGUGUUCAUCAUGCCCCUGUUCAACAAAUUCACCCCCUUGGAGGACGGUGAAUUGAAACAGUCGAUUGAGAAACUUGCCAAGAACGUUCACUUCCCACUAGACAAGAUCUUCAUCAUCGACGGAUCCAAGAGAUCCUCCCACUCCAACGCAUACUUCACAGGGUUGCCCUUCACUUCGAAGCGUAUCGUGCUCUUCGACACUUUGGUCAACGGGUCCUCCGUAGACGAGAUCACCGCCGUUCUCGCGCACGAAAUCGGCCACUGGCAGAAAAACCACGUCCUUAACCUGCUCGUCAUCAACCAACUGAAUUUGCUGUUCAUUUUCAAACUGUUUACGUCAGUGUACCGCAACGAAUCCCUUUACAACGCCUUCGGGUUCUUUGUCUCGGGAGGCACCGCUCCAGGGCAACAACUGGCCAGCACACAAGUCGUCACCCAGAGUUUCCCGAUUAUCAUUGGGUUUAUGCUCUACAACGAUCUGCUCACACCUUUUGAGUGUACUUUGCAAUUCUUCCUUUCGCUGAUGCAGAGGGCACAGGAGUACCAAGCGGACGCGUACGCCAAGACGCUAGGGUACGCAAAGAAUCUGUGCCGCGCGCUCAUCGACCUACAGAUCAAGAACCUCUCCACCAUGAGCGUCGACACGUGGUACUCCUCCUACCACUUCUCGCAUCCAACUUUGGCAGAGAGACUGACCGCAUUGGACUACGUCAGCGAGAAGAAGAAGGCGUGA